AUGCUGCCCAAAGUGGUAACCAAUGUGCUGACCAAAGUGCUGACCUAUGUGCUGACCUAUGUGCUGACCAGAGUAAUGACCAACGUGUUGACCAAUGCCAUGACCAAAGCGGUGACCCAUGUGCUGACCAGAGUGCUGACCAAGGUGCUGACCAAAGUGGUGACCAAUGUGCUGACCAACGUGCUGACCAAUGUGGUGACCAAGAUGCUGACCAAUGCCACGACCUAUGUGCUGACCAAAGUGGUGACCAAUGCCAUGACCAACGUGCUGACCAAGGUGUUGACCAAAGUGGUGACCAAGGCCACGUACCAAAGUGCUGACCUAGUUGAUGGUUACGGCAGCGAUGACAUGGUUACGGCAGCGAUGACAUGGUUACGGCAGCGAUGA